CUUCUCCAGAUUGUCAAAAAGAGAAAAGAUUUUCUUUCCUGUUUAAUUACAUUUAAAUAAUCUUAAGCUUAUUUUGAAGUACAAGCAAUAAGUGCAAAACAGUUUUACACUUGGCAGAGUUUUCUUGCCGCAUUUUGGCUAGUCUGCUUACUUACGCCUCCCGAGAAAGUAAGAACCCGCCAGACAGGUGCGGGUAAACACGCGCUUUGUUUGAAAAAUGGUGCGUUACACCCGCUGGAAAUUAGGUUAAAAAAUUGCCUCAAAUUAGCUCAAUAACAGACCUGUUUCAUGGCAUCCAGGUACAGGGGAAAUGGCAACAAGCUGCGACGGAAAUCUGCAAAAGAUUCGGUUGGAGAGGAACGCGAGAUUUCAAAUUCUUUGGACUUUGCCACGGACGGCGAUGAAAUCGACAGUGAUUUGCCCGUUCCUAACUUUUCGUUUACAGUCGCAUCUGUCGUUGUUUCCUGUGUCUCUGUACUAUGUUAUUUUAAUUCAUGCAAGGGUGGUUUUGUCUUCGAUGAUUCCGAAGCAAUUGUGGGUAACAAGGACUUGAAUCCCGACAUCCCGCUUGGAAAAUUAUUUCUUCAUGACUUCUGGGGUACGAACGUCAGUUCAAAUACAAGCCACAAGAGCUAUCGACCUCUCACAAUAUUGACAUUUCGAUUCAAUUAUUGGUUGGCAGGAGGACUUAAACCCUGGGGAUUUCAUCUUCUCAAUGUCAUGCUUCACGCUGCGGUGUCAAUUCUGUGUCUGAAACUUUUUUCUAUCCUUGUCGGUGGCAGAAAUAAAAUCACAUUUUAUUAUGAUACCGCACCAACAAGAACUCAAUUUCCCGCGCCCAAGGCGAGUUUUGUUUGCGCCGUUCUGUUUGCAGCUCAUCCAAUUCACACAGAAAGCGUUUCAGGUUUGGUUGGUAGAGCCGAUCUUUUGGGUGCACUCUUUUUUAUUCUCUCAUUUAUGUGUUAUGUAAGAUGCUGUGAUAUUGAUUAUGAUGAGGGUGGACCUCCUGUUAAGUUGCCAUGGAAACCUCUCAUAUUAAGCAUGGUACUUUGCUGUAUAGCGAUGCUUUGUAAGGAACAAGGGAUAACUGUUCUGGGAAUCUGUUGUGUGUAUGACGUCAUAGUAGUCUGUGAAAUUGAUCCACUGUUGCUGUUAAGAAAAAUCUUUACAAAAGAGAGCAAGAAUGGAGGUUUAAAAAAAGAAGAGCCACCUCUGUGGAUAAAGCCUCUCAUUCGUCGGCAAGUAGUUCUGUUUAUCACUGGCAUUGUUCUUCUGUUUGGUCGUUGGCAUGUCAUGGGCUCCUCAACUCCAGUAUUUCAAGUAGUCGAUAAUCCUGCAUCGUUUGAGAAGUCUCUUAUUAUGAGGGUCAUCAACUAUAACUACCUAUACGCCAUCAAUGCCUGGCUUCUAAUCGUUCCACAGUGGCUUUGUUUUGAUUGGUCCAUGGGAUGCGUGCCGUUAAUCAAAUCGUUCUUUGACCUGCGCAUGCUCUGUGUUGCUGGUGUGUGGACAGUCUUGCUCGCACUUCUCGCUUACUGCGUGUGCGGAAAAAGUUUACAAAUAAAACGGAUCUUGACCAUGGGCCUCGCCUUAGUUGUUGUUCCGUUCCUUCCAGCAUCGAAUAUCUUCUUCACUGUUGGUUUUGUUGUGGCAGAAAGAGUGCUGUAUCUCUCCAGUAUUGGGUCUUGUAUCAUCACUGUACUCGGGUUUAUUUUACUGAGCAAAAAGCGCUUGGGAAAGAAGGUAUUAGGAUUCGGUAUCGGUUUGCUUAUAGCUUUGUACAUGGCUCGAACAAUACAGAGAUCAUCUGAAUGGAUAGAUGAAGACACUCUAUUCACUUCCGGGAUGUUCGUUUGUCCGCUCAAUGCUAAGGUUCAUUACAACAUUGGUAAAGUACGAGGUGAAAAGGGACAAGUAGAAGUUGCCGAGAAAUUUUAUAGAGAAGCAAUCAGGUUAAAUCCAACAUAUGACCAAGCUUUGAAUAAUCUUGGAAACCUCAUAAAGGACAAUGGAAGAUAUAAAGAAGCAGAGGUACUUUUAGAAAGAGCCGUGGAAAUAAGUAAUACAUUUGCCGCUGGCUGGAUGAACUUAGGAACUGUCAAGGCUGCACUCCAUAAAAGUGACGAAGCGGAAAAAUGCUACAUCAACGCCAUACAACACAGACGAGUAUACCCAGACGCUUUCUUCAACCUUGGAAAUCUGUACAUUGACCAACGGAGACACAAAGAAGCCAUUGCAGCGUUUAAAGCAGCUGUCAAUUUAAAGAACGAUCACGUGGGAGCGUGGAUGAAUCAUGCGCUGCUUCUUGAAAAGUCAGGUGACAGAGAUGAAGCAAUUGCUGUGCUCAUGGCAGCCAAGAAGUACAUCCCGGAUGAAUCCUUACUUUACUUCAACCUCGGUAACAUGCUUGGACAGAAGGAAGAAUUCCAGGAAGCUGAAAAUCAUUUCUUAAUUGCGUUGGAAUUAAACCCUAACUCUGCAGAAAUUCAUGGAAAUCUGGGGGUGCUAUAUCAUAGAUGGGGUAAACACGACCAAGCUUCAAAAUACUAUAAGAAGGCGCUAAAACUGGAUCCUCGGAGCGAAAACGUUUACGACAACCUACAGAAACUCCAAAGAACGAAACGGCUGUUAGGCAACGGAAAACCCAAAGGAAAAUAACGGCAACAGGAAAAUCCUUUACCACGUUGUAUAGUUUGUACGCAUUUGAACGAAUUUACCGUAACUUUUUACAAAAUUUGUUUCGCAAAGAGUUGGAUUCCUUCACAGCAGUUAUUUCGGCGGUCACGUAACUUUUGUACCCAAUGUCACGCAAUGCUUCACAGUUGGGUACAGGACUUGCGUGACCAAUUAGUUACUGCCGCGAGAGGGAGUUAGUUUGCUCAGUAUUUUAAAUUUCUUGGCAUGAAAUGCUAUUUUAUUUAAAUGUUCUGUCAAAUAAAACGAGAUGAGCAGUUU